AUGUCUCAAGACCACGCUCAACUCGAUAGCAAUGUCAUCUGCCAGCACAUAUUCCCGAUGGUGCAUGCCAAUGCGACAAUUUGUGUGAAGGUGUUGCAAGGAUCAGUAGAGUCAGCGUAUGGUUACAAGGUGUCAUACAAGAAGUUUUGGCACGCGAAGCAGAAGGCAAUCGCAAGGAUCUAUGGCGAUUGGGACGAAUCAUAUAACCAGCUGCGUAGAUACCUAAAUGCUCUGCAGGCUUUUGUCCCAGGCACAAUUGUUGACCUCCAAACGCGGCCGUACUAUGUCGGGAACACACUAGACCGUGAUAGUGUCAUGUUUCACCAGGUAUUCUGGUCGUUCCCUUCAUGUAUUGAAGCUUUCAGGCAUUGUAAACCGCUGGUGUCAGUUGAUGGAACACACCUGUACGGUAAGUACGCAGACACCCUUCUGAUGGGCAUAGCACAGGACGGCAAUAACAAUAUUCUACCCGUCGCUUUCGCACUUGUAGAAAGAGAGAACACCGAUUCGUGGUACUUCUUUCUCACCAACUUGAGGAGGCAUGUCGCAACUAGGCCAGGAGUUCUGCUAAUAUCCGAUAGGCAUGCGGCAAUAAAGGCCGCAUUGGAACGUGAGAGGUGUGGCUGGGAACACAAUGUGUACUGUGUACGGCAUAUUGCCUCUAACUUCGCAACCAGUUUCAAGAGUAAGGAAGCCAAAAGACACCUAGUGAAUGCUGCAUAUUCGAAGACGCAAGAACAGUCGCAGUACUACCUGGAGCUAAUCAGCAGUGAGGAUCCAGUGACAUCUCCGCAUAUGAUGGAAUGGAUCCGAGGCUUAGAGCCACUGAAGUGGCUGCAGCACCUUGAUGAGGGCCGACGAUAUGGUCACACGACGACCAAUCUUUCUGAGUGUAUCAACUCCGUCCUCAAGGGCACUAAAAAUCUACCAGUCUGUGCAAUUGUGAAGUCUACUUACCAUCGCCUGAAUGAGUUAUUUGUCCUCAAGAGUCGGCAAGCACAAUGUGUGGAAUACCAUCAAGGGUCGGCAAGCACAACAUGUGGAAUACCACCUGUUGAACAACAACAAACUAAAUAA